AUGUCUCAGGAGUUCAUUGAAGAUCACUCGCAGGGCGGGUCGUCAGAAGACGAUAGUGGAACAUAUGACGAGUGGAUCCCGUCGUUUUGCACCAGGUUUGGACAUGAAUACUUCUGUCAGGUACCAACAGAGUUUAUCGAGGACGAUUUUAACAUGACGUCCUUACCACAGGAAGUUCCACAUUACAGGAAGGCCCUGGAUCUAAUACUGGACCUGGAAGCGAUGAGUGACGAAGAACUAGAUGAGGAGGAGGCAGAACAAGUGGGCCAGAAUGGCAGUGAGGGAAAGACACAGCUGGUUAAUAGGAGCAUAGCGGAACAUGCCGCUGAGCAGCUUUAUGGGCUGAUCCAUGCACGUUACAUUUUGACGAAGCCUGGUCUACAAGCGAUGGCGGAGAAAUUUGAUCAUAAAGAGUUUGGUACUUGUCCUAGAUACUACUGUGGUGGUAUGCAAUUGCUACCCUGUGGGCUCAGUGAUACUGUUGGGAAGCACACUGUGAGACUCUACUGCCCUAGUUGUCAGGAUCUCUAUUUGCCCCAGUCGUCUCGACACCUGUGUCUGGAGGGAGCCUUUUGGGGGACCAGCUUUCCAGGUGUGUUCCUCAAGCAUUUCAAAGAGCUGGAAGAGUAUGUUGAGAGAAAGAGCAAGGAGUCUUAUGAGCUGAAGGUGUUUGGAUUUAGGAUAAACGAUGCAGCAGUAUCGGGCCCUAGGAUGAAAUGGCUAAGACAGUAUCCAGGUACGGAGGAAGAAUGGCAAGAGCUGGCCGAUUGUGAAUUUGAAAUUCCACGCACUUUCGAUUCUAGUACUUAG